GUUUUGUAAACAUUGUGCUGAUCACCGCAUUGAUGGCAGUGUGACAGUUUAUUUGUCAUUAAGUUUAUUUCAAGUCGCUUUAUUGUGUUCAAGGUUCUAAAUCUGUGUGCAGACAUGGGGGUGAAAGGCUUACAGUACUUUAUGGAGGCUUGUUACCCUGAUACAUGCAUACAUGUGGACUUGAGACAGUUGGCUGUAGCUCAUGCUGCAGACCAUCCUGACCUCAUGCCUAUCGUAGUGGUGGAUGGACUGGCCUGUUUGAGAUACUGGUAUCAGUGUCAAGCCUGGGUUCAUGGUGGCCAGUGGAAAGAAUACAUGCAUUCGCUACAAACAUUCGUGGAGGCAUUCAAAGCGAUAGGCUUAAGAUUGGUCUUCUUUUUUGAUGGGACAAUAGAGGAAAAGAAGAGAGCAGAAUGGGUGAAAAGACGCCUGAGAGUCAACCAAGACAUAGCCAAAGUAUUUAACUACAUUAAGAAUCGCCACCAGCAACCAGGAAGGGAAAUGUUCUGCAUUCCCUCAGGACUGGCCACCUUCUCCAGGUUUGCACUUAAAUCUCUUGGUCAUGAAACAUACUGCUCAGUUCGUGAGGGGGACUAUGAGAUCGCUGAAUACGCCCUUCGUAACAACAGCAUCGGUAUCCUUGGUCAGGAUACAGACUUUGUCAUUUAUGACACAGUUCCAUAUCUGUCCAUUGCUAAACUCAGUUUAGAAAACAUGACAACGGUGCAGUACUCCAGAGAGAAGCUCUGUCACAUCCUGAAGCUUUCAAAGUCUGAUCUUCCUUUACUAGCAUGCAUUCUGGGUAACGAUGUUGUGCCGGAGCAUCACCUACAGAAUCUUCGUAAUAAUGCUUUGACCUUGUAUGGGAAAAAACAACAGGGUGGCAAGGUCCAUGCAGUAGCUCAGUUCAUAAAAAGCCAUCAUCCAAACUGUGAUGAAACAUGUAGCAUUUCCUCACUACCUUUAUCCAAAGUCGAUAAGAAGAUUGUUGAAAAGGGAAUCCAGUCAUAUCUUCUGCCAGGACAAACAUCACCUUGGUUAGAUCAAAGCCUUCCUUACCCAGAGCUGGUGUGUGUGAUGGAGAAGUACCUCAAAAAAGACAUAUUGCAGGCAGCAAAAGAGAAGCACAUACGAGCAGAGUGUUUCCUUAGCUAUAACGUCCUACAUGAUGGGGUGGUUGAAUGCAGCAAUACACUGGAAGAUGAAGAACUUGGACUGCCACCACAGGCCAUUUUAUAUCAACCACUCCGAGAACAUAUCUACAGUAUUCUCCAGCCUAGUUCUUCUGUGAAGGAAUGGUUUGUUUUUCCCAGAAAUCCACUUAAAGAACCAAAACAAGUGUAUCCAAAGCCUCUAGCCCUUCCAGAGGGAACUCCUGACCUCACAACUCUGUGGUGGAAUGACUCUGAGGUGAAAAGUGUCAGAGUGUCCACUUUUUUAGCUGUUUUUGACCUACAAGACUUUGCUGAAGAUCUGAAAUCUUUUGACACUCCUUUGGUAGCUGUGAUCUGUCUUGUAACAUACAUAGCAGUUCAGGCUAAACACUUUUCCGUAGAAGACAUAGAUGCAUAUCUAAGCCAAGCAGUCUGUAUCAGAUACAAGUCUUACACAGACCUCCAGCAUACAAGGGUUCCUCAGGUGGACCCAAGGGCUGUUCAUCUCGGUUCCCUCUUUGUCCGCGGCCUUACCUAUGUGAUUGCUGCCAAUAGUGUCUGUGGUUUUCCUUUUGCAAUGAACGAGAUCAUGCCUUGGAAAAUCUUUGAUGGCUUGCUGUUUCAUUCGAAGUACCUACAAGCACACUCUAAUUGUGCAAGGGAGGAGCUUCUAGAGGGCAAUCCUGCAUGGAUGUUACUCUUUGUCACACUUCGAGACCUGGUUCUCGGAGCAUGCGGAAGACGUGGCUACACUAUCCUUAGUUUUCCAGGCAGACAAAUUCCUGGGAGGCCCAUGGAUGAAGAGUCUCAACGAGAAUGGGAACCCCAAUUCUUUGGAACCCUGACUAUAGACAGCAUCCCAGGGGUCCAGCCUUUCACAUGCAAGGACAUGGUUCUAGACCAAGUUCAAGAACAAGACGUCCUAACAAAAGAAGAUGUUACCUUGCCCCAAGAUGGCCUCAGUAGCGAAGCUAAAUUCCAGCUUUCCCUUGACUCCUAAAGAUCAUUAAUUCUGGUGAAAUUGAAGCCUUCUUGAUCACCAUACAUGCUUGGUUCCUUUUGUCUGCUUGAGCAUACUUUAAUGCAGCUGACUGUUCAUAGAGUUUUGUCUACUAUGGGUUUGACUGUCUGGCUUUGAUGAGUGAAUAGGUGUGGUACACACACUGCUUACUAUCAGUAAGGGGAAGCUCACAGAAAGAAAUUCUUUAAGCACCUGCCUUUGCUAUUCGCACGUGUUAUUUGUUUGCACAGUGGCAACAAACGGGGGUGGGGGUUCAGGGGGGGUAGUUUAAUGAAAAGAUCCACAAUAUAUUUAGAGUGUGUUCUUGAUAAUACAGAAUGGUCCCAAUUUUAUUCUUAUUUACAUUUUCUGUUCUGAGCAUUGAUUAAAACUAAAAUAUUCUCUUUUGUGUAAAGAUGUUUCUUCAUCCUGGUCCAGUAUCACCCAGCAAAAUUCAGCUGCAAUUUUAGCUUCCUGUUGUUUGGUUGGAAAUUCAUUAUUAUAAAUGUUUAAUCACUUCUGUAAAAGUCAUGCUUGAUGAAGAAAAAAGAAGACAAAUUACUUCUGUCCACUUACUAUAUUAGUUCUCCAUUAAUUAUAUCAUCAACUGACACAAACCUAGUGGUGGACAGUAAUGAAGUAAAUGUAACUCGUUACUGCACUUGAGACACUUUUUCUGUCUGUACUUUACUGAAGUAUUUCCAUUUGGGAAGACUUUUACUUUCACUUCACUACAUUUCAAAGUCAAAUGUAUAUAUUGUAUUUCAACUACAUUUUGUGAAAUCAGUCGUUUCUUUUUAUUCAUGAGUGGAUAAAAGCUUAACUGAUCAGGCCCGCAGCAAUCCACCAAUCGAAGUAGUGCAUGCACUCUGUUUUGAACUUGUUUUGAUUGGCGCUUGGUGAUAUCUACUUAACACAAACAUACAGUUUAUCAUCAGUUCAACAGCAAGCAGAACAUUUAGAGAGGAACAAAUGAGGGAAGAAUCUCCUGAUUCGAACUUACCACAACACCCGUCGCCUGAUUUGCCAGAUUUUCUUUUUUUAAGUAGUUGAAAAAAGGUUUUGGGCUCAUGAUAAUUGUAAUAGAUAUCAGUCAAUGUUUUACUCAUUAAAAUCAUUCUAUUAAUAGAUUUGUUUGUUCAGAGUAACAUUAAAAUCUUUUCACAUAAACUAGUACUAGUAGUCAUAUAGUACAUCGGCUAUUUAAGAACAUUUAAAGGCAAAUAUUUUUGUACUUUUACUCAAGUGCAAGUACUUUUACUGGAGUAGUAUUUUACUGAUAAUUUACUUUUACAUGGUUUGUGUACCAACACUGCACAAACCACAUGUACUGAUAUCUCAUUUAACUAAAGAAGGAAUGAGGGCAUCGUAAUCUUUGUGGAGACUAGUUUGUGAUCAUAAUUCCAGAACACCGUCUAACAUGGUCUACCAAAUUAUCAUUACUAGACAGCAGCUUAUUACUCAAGCCUAAACUGCGCUUCCCUCUGCUCAUGAGGCCAUGAAACAGUGGCACUGCUGGAAUUUCUUAAACAGUGCUGAGAGGAAAUAGGAUAUGGAGAAAGUUGCACAGUUCUUCCUCCCAUCUACAGAAAAACGAAGCCCAUGUUGGAAUGAAAAACAGAGCUACACAAACACACUCCUUGACCUUGGCAUGUGUGAAGCAUGUUGGAAUAGCAGGAAGUUCAGUCGAUGGAUUUAUCCAUGACAAAAGAGGUUUUGGAUCGCCUUGGACAAGCUUUGGAAAAUUGUUGGGCCUCAGUAAAAUUAUAGGACAGAACAAAAAGCUAUGCAGUUUGGUUAAAAAAAUUAGGAUUGAAAGUAAUUGAAGUCUUUGCUAAUAAAGAUGAUAAUGCAUGAUAUGAUCCUCCCAUUAGGUUUGUGUAUCUAAGAGAUCAUUCUUGGUGCUGCAAGUUUUUUAUUUUACCACAACAACCAGUUGACUUCUGUGUUUCCUAAAUAAAUACUAAACAAUU